AUCUCCCUAGCUACGCCGACACCCGCUUAGCUCUUGUCCAUCCAUCGAUCUCCUCCUCUUCACAAGCAAGCGCGAGAGGAGACACCUCCAUCGAUCCAUGGCCGCCACCGCGACCGCCGUUGCGGCGUCUCUGUCCGUGGCCGGGGGGCUCGGGAGGCCGCUGGCUCGCGUCUCGUCGCCGGCGGCGCCGAUGAAAGCCGCCUCCCCGGCGGCGGCACGGCGGGCCGUCGUCGUCCGGGCGUCGUCGUCGGGGGAGCCGGUGAGGAGGGAGAAGGCCUCAGCUGCUGCCGCGGCGGCGGGGAUAGCCGCGGUGGCGGCCGUGGCGGCGGCGCUGGCGGUGCCCGAGGUGGCGGAGGCGGCGCCGGCGCUGUCGCCGUCGCUCAAGAACUUCCUGCUCAGCAUCGCGUCCGGCGGCGUCGUGCUCGUCGCCAUCGUCGGCGCCGUCGUCGCCGUCUCCAACUUCGACCCCGUCAAGCGGACCUGAUCGAUAUAGCUGCUUCUUUGCGUAGCUGUGACGUAUGACAUGAGAUCCAUGGCUUCAAAUUCUGUAUGCUACAAGAGAACGGUAGUGCAGCUGCAUGAAACUUUUGCUGCACGUGUACGUACGUGUUUGUGUUGGCUUAAUUAAUUCGAUUUCAUGAUGCGUAUGUGCAAUUGUAAACUUGUAAUUGAGUUUUUCCAUUAGUAGUAAAGCGCCCCUAUCUUCUUUGUUCA